CAGUCGGCCUGUGGAGCGCAUCGCGGGCGCCCGUCCAACACAGCUGCCAGCGCCACCACCAACCCGGGACCCGCACGCCACAGUCGGCCAUUUCCCGUACCCACAAGCUGCAAGCUAUCGAAAAUUGGACUUUUUGCAAGAUCACUAAACUGUAGCAAACUUGGUUGUAGCAGUAUUGAGGAACUGACAGAAAGUAGUACGCACAGGCGACGUAGUAUAACAGAGACUAAAGCGUCUAUUUUAGUUCAGUGUGUAGCUGUUUCCCCUCUACAUCCCACAGCAAACUAUAUCGGCUUGUCAGCGUCCGUGUGAAACGAGAUAAAAAUUUGUAAAUUUCCUUUAAAGACCUUCGCCCCUUGUCUAUGAAGGCUGUGCCGAACAAAUUAGCCUCUACAGUAGUAAAUGUAGUUUUGACGUAGCUACUUUGCAGCGAUAGCUCACUAUAGAGCAAAACUGUUAGACCUUCGACGGUGUUUCUCAGAGACAGCGGCAAACAGGAGGAACGGCACCGUUGUCCACGGAGCGUGCAGUUCAGACCCCGCCUACCGUAACGGGCAGCGCCCUCCGGUUCACUUCUCGCGCUAGGCUCCCACUGCGAAGCUCUGCAGGCUCAGCAGACUGCUUCGCGACCUCCUGCCGAAUUCACCCGCUGCUGCGAGCGAGGCAUGCAGUAGCUGCGUCUGUGCGAAUUGCGCGUGUGCCAGUCAGAGGCGCGGGAGGAGGAAGCAGGAUUGGGACUCGCAGCAGUUGAGUGCGGACUGCCAGCAUGGUGGUGACGGAGGACGGGAAGCUGCCGCCGCUUCUGGUGCGGAAGGAGAGCCGCUUCACGCGCAUGGCGAAGAGGCCGCGCGUCGACAUCGAGUUCCACGACCUGUGCUUCUCCGUACGCAGCGCGGGCGUCCGCUCCGCCCGGCGCAGCAUCCUGAAGGGCGUGUGCGGCAAGUUCCGGCCGGGACUGCUGUCCGUGAUCAUGGGGCCGUCCGGAGCCGGCAAGAGCAGCCUCAUGAACGUGCUGGCGGGGCUCGUGACGGCGGGCGUGACGGGCACGAUCAACACGAACGGCCAGCCGCGGCAGUUGAAGCUGUUCCACAAGCUGAGCACGUACAUCAUGCAGGAGGACCUGCUGCAGCCGCACAUGACCGUCCAGGAGAACAUGGAGAUGGCCGCCUCGCUCAAAGUGGGCCGCGAGAUGUCGCACGACGAGCAGCUCGCCGCCGUGGAGGAGAUCCUGGAGACACUGGGCCUGUUGGAGUGCCGGACCACGCUGACGGACAGCUUAUCUGGAGGGCAGCGCAAGCGACUCUCCGUGGCUCUGGAGCUCGUCAACAACCCGCCCGUCAUCUUCCUCGACGAACCAACCACGGGCCUGGAUGUGGUGGCGAUCCAGCACUGUGUGCAGCUGCUCAAGCUGCUAGCCAGCCAGGGCCACACGGUGGUGUGCACUGUCCACCAGCCCAGCGCCAUGCUCUUCAACGCCUUCGACCACGUGUACCUGCUGUCUCGGGGCCAGUGCGUCUUCCAGGGGCAGCCGCGAGCUCUCGUGCCCUUCCUGGCUGAGCAGGGGCUCGAGUGCCCCAUCAACCACAAUCCUGCGGACUUCAUUCUUGAAAUGGUCCAAGGAGAAAAUGCAGGCAAUGUUACAAUGUUGUCAGCCGAAAUGAUGAAUGGAAGGGUGACAGCAAAACUGGACACAGAAACAAAUACUGUAAGACUUGCAAGUGUGUUCACAGAUGACACCCAAAUGCCUCAGCAUGAUUAUGCUCUGAUGUUUAAGAAAGAUAGCCACUGGAGCAGUGAUUUUCCUACAUCAUUCUUUAUGCAGUUCAUUAUAAUACUAAGGAGAAUGCUUCUACAGAAAAGCAGAAAUACGGUGGCACUAUGGCUACAGUUCGUUCAUCACUUAGGACUAGGCAUUAUUCUUGGGUUAUUGUACUUUGGUGUUGGCAAUGAUGCAACAAAGCCAUUUGUCAACUUUAAAUUUCCACUCUGCUGCCUAGUUUUCUUCAUGUACACUCAUGUAAUGACACCUGCACUCCUCUUUCCAACAGAGGUUAAGAUUCUCAAACGAGAAUAUUUCAACAGAUGGUAUGGUUUGAAAUCAUACUUCAUGGCACUUACCUGUUCAACAGUACCAUUUAUGAUAAUAUUUGGAAUGAUCUUUACUCUGUUUGCCUAUCUGCUGUGUGGACACCCUGUUGAAAUUAGCAGAUUUCUACUUUUCUCAUUGUUUGGCAUCCUAGUUGGAAUGGUUUCUGAAGGUCUUGGUCUGAUUAUGGGAUCCAUAUUCAAUGUUGUGAAUGGUUCAAUAAUGGCUCCUGCAACAGUUGCACCAAUGUUAGUGUUGUCAGCAUAUGGAUUUGGCCAUGGAACAGCAAUGGAGCCUGUCAUGACUGUCCUCAGUGGCUUCAGUUAUCUGCGCUAUGGUUUAGUAGGGCUUACAUCGGCAUUAUACAGUCAUGGAAGAGCCCCACUGUACUGUGAUGAUGUUUUUUGUCUUUAUAAGGACCCAAAACGGCUACUUCGAGAUGUUGGAAUGGAUGGAGCAUCAACACUGAUUCAAUUUGUUGCUCUUGUGGGAUUCAUCUUUUUUUAUCGUACUAUAGCUUACUUUGCUCUCCGGUACAGGCUCACCAUAGAAUUUUCAAACAAGCUACUCAGCUAUAUUGCAAAGAUUUUGAGGAGGAAAUGAAUCCUUUUUCUUUUAUUUGGGGCAAAAAAGUUUUCAAGUGUCCAGUAUGGUAUCACAACAGCAGUGACUGUAAAAUUUGUACUGUGGCAAAUAUGGCACGUGUUUCACAACAUUACAUUUUGGCAGUAUUAUAAAGAGGAGAUAUUUACAAGUGAUCUGAAGAUCUGUGAAAUAUCCAAUUUCAAAAACAUAUAACAAGAAAUAAGAACACUAUAGCACCUGCUCCAAUGGAAUUGUACAAGAUAUGUGAAAUGCACCAUGCACAUGUAGACAGCAGUUAGUGACAGAGCACAAGUGUAUUUGGUGCCAGUAAAGGACUAAGAACAAUAAAUGCUGUGUCCUUAAUGCUUCAAACAGAUAGGAAGGACAAAACAGAUCAUAUAAGAUGAUAAAUGUUUUCAUCAUAUAUCAGUUCACAGACAUGGACUAAAAUGUGUUUAUCACUAAUGUUGCACAGAAUGAUAUUGUAUAAAUGUGAAUUCUCUGGAAACAAAGUAGAAAAUAAGCAUUUUCCACAUAAAUAUGAAAAUGAUGAUUGUUGAAAUGAUUUUGAUUAUGUUGGAUAAAUUGUAUAACUCCAGUUCCAGUUUGUUCCCAGUGCCAUUCUAACGGUGGUACAUUUUGUGAAUAGUAGUAGUAAAGUAAAGCUGCAUGCCCUCGGGAAAAAUUACGGCCGUAGUUUUCCCUUGCUUUCAGCCGUUUGCAGUACCAGCACAGCAAGGCCGAAUGGAAGUCUAUAUGCUGUGUGCUGUAAUCUCAAGUUAUCCCAUCUGCUUAAUAUCAAUCUGCUAGUCUAUCAAGAUUAGUAAAUUCCAAAAAAAGAUACAUUUUACAAAGUUUUGUUAUGAGCACCUAAAUAGUUUUCUUUAUUUUUGUGGUAUUCAUUUAUUUGUGUGGUAGCUCAUUCUAUAAAAUUACAGGUUAAAAAUAAAGUAACAUGUUGUUUUUAUCUGAGGUACCAAUGAAAUUACAGUUCAUUUGUUAAGCAAAGAAAUGGAGUAAGUGAUGUCAUGCAGUGCAAAGUUGUAUCACAGUUGGCAGUAGCUAACAAUCUUUGAAACAAUUUUCUUUUUUAAUAUCAUUUUUAUGAAAACUGGAAGUCAGCUACGGGGACAUGUUACAUCUUGCAUGAUUUUAGUCAUCAAUAGUACAAUAGCAAUAUAUCAUGGUUCCAGUGAAUACCUUAAUACUCUAAUAGUGAUAAUGAUAGUACGCCAAAUAUCUGUGAUUUUUAUUACUUAAGAGUAAGGUUGUGUCACAGUGUGACAUGGUUUUAAUUCCUUUAAAUCUGUGAUUUAUGUACUUAUCAUGUAAAGUUCAACUGUAAGUUAUUGAAUUGCAUAGAAUUGUUACUUCAUAUAACAUCUAAUCAAUUAGUCUUUUUGUGUACAGUGUACUUCAUAAUGGUAGCCUUUCUCAUUGCUAAGCAAAUUUACCUCAUAGUGAAGUCACUUUGGUGACAAAAAUGAAGAUAUUUUUGUAUAAUAUCAGAACAGUUGCAUAGAAAUAUAUGUUGUUUCUCAUAAGAUGGUUUAAUAUAUUUAAUAAAUAUUUGAAAAUA